CUUGCUAAACCUCCCUCAUUCAAGAUGCAGUACAGGCCUCUUGACGAGACGAAGAACGAAAUCCGAGUCCUCAGGUUCCUUGAUGUAUCCAGCCCUAUCUCGGCUGAGGACGCUAUCAACUGCUCUCUUGAACACGUUCCGCUGGAAUUCUUUCCUCAAUUUCAAUCCCACCAAGAGAACCCGCAAGUUAAAACAUUUCCAGUAGCGUGGGAUGUUUUUACCACGUGCGUGGAUCUGCGAGAUUCGACGCUGGAGCAAACAAGACUUGACAAGGCUACACACACUGGCAUAGCCCAAAAUCACAGUUAUAAUAGCGGCUUCCGUUAUGCCUGGGGUGAUUUCGAGGCUUUGUCCUAUACGUGGGGUGAUGGAGGCGAUACGCGAUGUAUCUGCGUAAACGGAACCGAUAUUGAUAUUCCGAUCAAUCUCGAAAACGCACUAAGAGCUUUGCGUAAUCUGAAAGAGACACGUUUGGGUAUGUCUUAUUGGGUGGAUUGGUUAUGUAUCAAUCAGCAAGAUGUGGAAGAGAGAAACAAGCAGGUCAAACGCAUGAAAGACAUCUACGGCCGAGCUAGGGCUGUGGUUGUCUGGCUAGGCCAAGAAGAAGAAACAGACAGCGAUGCAGUCAAGACGAUGCAUUUCCUUUGUCGCAAUCCCUCUGUCGAAAAUAUACUGGAACUUCCAGGGAAUUUGCUGCUCAAAGCAUGGCCUGCACUCUUAGCCUUUACAAAAAAGAUUUAUUGGACUCGAUCUUGGAUCAUCCAAGAGCUCGCCGUGAAUCAUAAUUCGACUUCUUUCUUGUGUGGCAGAUUCAAGCUCACUAGAAGGAUGAUACGCUUGGGAGCUCUCUACUGCCAGGAAGUUUUGAAAGACACAGAAGAGUGGGAUUGUCGCUCCGAUACUGACUUAGGGCAAGAUGAAUGGUCUCUAGUUAAUCGAAUGCAUCGCCUAGUAAGUCUUGCCCUCAAUCCAAAUUUUGGAAUAAGCUUGGACCGUUUGUCGAGUCUUAUACGUUGGGCAAAAGCCUCCUGUGACAAAGACAAAGUCUAUAGUGUACUCGGCUUACUGGAUCCUAUGAUCUCUGCGGAUCUCAUCCCGGAUUACUCGCUUUCUGAGCAGCAAAUUUUUACAGAAUUCACAACAUCUGUUGUCAAAAACCGAGGUGAUAUAAGUUACAUCAUGGUAGGAGGCAUCCCUACCAGCAAGGGGUGGCCGUCAUGGGUACCUGAUUGGAGACAGCCGUUUUUGCGUUACCAUAUUCACUACUUUCGACGUUUUGCAGCGAGCGGAGGCCUACCAACUGAGUUAAGAUUUGAGAAAGGGCAGGAGAACGAGAGCCUCCUGAUUUGCAGUGGAUUUUGUGUGGAUACUGUGAAUGAAGUUGCGGCAGAGACUUCCCAAAUUCAGCACUCUACUCAAUUGAGUAACAAUACCUCUCCAAAUAGGUAUGGUGACCUCACACGUCAAGCGCUUCAUCAAACCAUACUCUUGGGCUAUCCUGGACUGAGGAAAGAACCACUCUUCAGGAUACCAUGGAUUCAGGAACCCGAUACAUAUUCAAAUUCGGACAACCACCUUGGUGACCAAGAGCAGCUCAAACUCUUUCAGUCAAGAAACUAUAAGCGGUUUCACAAGUUCAGAGAGGGUAAUAAACAUUUCCACGCUGGAGGCCAAGAUCUCCAAAGUUUCUUCCCACAGUACCUCGAUAGGAAGCCUUACAUUUCAAAAAUCGCCAAAAUCAUGUCUCUUGCUUCCAUUUCUCUGGAGCAAAGAACCCUAAUCACGACAUCAACUGGAUACUUGGGCCUGGCUCCCAUAGCUGUUCGGAGAGGAGAUGUUGUGGCUAUUUUAUUUGGGUCGAAAUGCCCCAUGAUUCUAAGACCAGUCGGCGACUAUCGUUUUCAGGUUGUCGGAGAAUGUUAUAUCCAUGGACUCAUGAACGGGGAAAUCCUGAGUCAUCUGUCUGAUGGAAACGUUGCCCAGCGAGAAUUUGUUCUAUGUUAGUAGAGCUUAACGUGUC